GCCGCUGGAGGUGAGCGGGUGUCCGGCCGAAAGGCCCAGGGUUUAGCUGACCCCGGCCUCUCAGCAUUUCCCUGGGCCUCCCCAGCCUGUGGAGUCCGGGGUAGGAUCCGCGUUAGUACUGAUGAGAAAGUGACCCAGAACUGGAGGAAGAAGAGGAGGAAAUGGCAGCUUCUCAGGGACUUCUGACAUUUGAGGAUGUGGCCAUCGAUUUCUCUCCAGAGGAGUGGGAAUGUCUGGAUCUCGGUCAACGGGACCUGUACAGAGAUGUGAUGAUAGAGAUCUGUAGGCACCUGGUCUCCUUGGAGUAUGUUAUCUCUAAGCCAGACCUGGUUCGCCUGUUGGAGCAAAAGACAGAUCCCUGGGAUGUGAAGGGAAUGGAGACAGUAGCCAUACAGCCAGGUAUGUGUGCAUGGGUGAAGCAGAUGACACAGGAAUCUUAAAAUUGGCUUUGGGAAGAUGUGCUUCAAUGGCACUGAUUUUUGAGAAACACAGGUUUAUUCUGUCUCUGUCUUAGAGCGACACCUGCUGCCAAAAUCUUGUGUUCCUUAGCCCUCCAUGUGUUUUCCUUCAUCAUCCCGGAUUCUUUCUCACAUCCACAUGGAGAGCCAGAAUCCUGGUCUUGACCUGUGAGGACCUGAAAGUCCUGGCUC